CAUGGCGAGUAGUACCUAUGUUAUUGCCUCUAUUGGCUGGGGCAUGGCCGCGCUGGGCUGGUUCGUGGCGCCCACCCUCAACCUUUUCGUUCCCAAGAUCCCUUCCUGGCUCAGCUGCGACGUGUCCAAGAAGCUCCGGGAGCUGGAGAUCCACAUCAUGCCGGAGUUAGAGAAGACGCUGCAGGCCGUGGAUCAAGAGAGGAUGAUAAAGAGAGGAGAUGAAAUGGGAAGGAAAUCCGACGUGGCGGCCCUGGACAAGAUGGCGGCCAUGCUGAGGCACGCUCGGGAGGAUGCGGAAGACAUCUUGGAUGAUCACCAAGACAUCGAGUUGUACCGCUUCAGAUUUUGGCGUCGUCUCUGCCUCAUCGUGCAGAACGAUAUUGACCGCUUCAAUAGGAGCUGUCUGGUGAUUGCACGCAUCGUCCGGAGGGGAUGGGUUCGAGUCAACUGGACUAUCGCACCCAUCAUCCGGAGAAAUGCAUUCAUCGUCAGCAGAAAAUCAGAGGGUGUACUUCACGUGGCUGCCAGUGCUGUGGCCACCUGCAUUACUCACUUCAACAAGAGCUUCAGGAGCGGAUCAGCUCGGCUACUGCGGCGGGCGCGGAACAUCUCCUUGCUGAGACAAGAGGAUGUACUCCCUCGGACAACCAAUACUGUUGCGCCCUCCCAUGAGACCGUGCCAGUGAUUACCAGUUCUGUGGCCUCGGAUGGACCAGUUCCCCUGACUACCAGUGUUGCGGCCUCCCAUGGACCGGUUCUGGCGGCUACAAAUGAUGUCCCCUCAGACGAACCUGUCCCGCAUAACUCGGUGGGUGCUGCCUCACAAGAAUCAGUUCCAGAGCCUACCAAUGUUGCUGUUUCAGACGAAUUAAGAGUUCCGGUGAUUGCACGCUCGAAUUCAGAGUCGAGCUCCUUAGCUUUCAAUGAGGGUGCGGUCUUAGAUGAACAAGCGGUUCCAGUCACUGCAUCUUCUGAUUCCAUUUGGUGGGGCCUCUCUUGCUGGUGCAACUCCUUCAACUUCUUCAAGAACUGUUGUAGGUCCAUAUUAUAUUUGACAGAUCAUGCAAUUAAGGCCGCUCACACUUAUCAGGGGUGCUCCUAUGACGUGGUUGGCAUCACAGAUUACCAGGAGAAUGCCACCGCAUUAGAUUCUGUCCUUACUGUUAUUUCAAGACGGAACUUGAAGAAAAAAAUAGAGAAAGUAGAAACAAUCGUUAGUGAAGUGAAGAAGUCAUCACUCUUGGGCGCGGGAAGCAAGAGCACACUGCGUGAUACAGCCAACAAGAACAGGAGCAACAUUAGAACUACUAGCAAGCGCAGGGUAUUUGGUCGGGAGGCUAUGCGUGAGGAUAUCAUGGCUAAACUCCGCGAGACACCACCCAGCUCGAGCACUAGUCCAUGCUACUCGGUGAUUGGCAUAUAUGGCAUCGCAGGGUCCGGGAAGACUACCUUUGCACGAUAUACUCGGGACUACAUAGAGGAGGAAUGCAAGGAGGAGGGACUUUUUGACACCAUUAUGUGUAUUCAUAUGUCUGAGACUUUUAGUGUGGAUGACAUAUUUCAUGAUAUGCUAAAGGAUAUUACCAAAGAUCGGCACUCCAAUAUUUCAGAUCGUGAG